AUGGGGUUCCUGGAGGAAGGCGCGCCACUAGCAUGGAGAGACUCGGACAGAUACAGAGCCACAGUGAAACGGCGCGGUGUCCGUGAAUUCGUAAAACUCUUUCGGCACUUCAAGGACAGCCACUGUGAUCGGUCCAGUCUCUCGUGGGGCGACGAACUAGAGUUCUGCCUCGUCAAGCUGGACUACGGCUCUCAAAUUCCUCGGAUUUUCUUGGCCGCCGAAUGCGCGUUACACGAACUACGGUCAAGAGAAGCUUUGCUGUCUAAGGCUCUCACGUGGAAACCGUCGCCGACGUGGCGUUGCGUGUUGAAUUCGCUGACUCAACCGAUUUCCCACAGGUUGGGUUCGGCGGAAAGCGGAGGUCCCAGCACUUCCUUCUCCCCAUUGGACGCAGUCCUUGCAUUUUCUGCGUUAUCCAACCAGAGCGGCGACACGACGUGCAGCAUCUCCGCUAACGCUCCCGUGUGGCAGCUCAGUGGAUGGCACCCUGAAUAUGGGCGGCACAUGGUCGAGGCCAUCCCAGAAAAACCUUUUCCUCUGGACUUAGAGUCGCUCAUCUACCUCCUUCCCUCCAUGCAGAUACGACGCAAAAAGAUCCAGGCUGUCCUUCCCGCAGACUGCUACGUAGUCUCGCUGACGAACUUUCCCACUCUAGGUGCACUUGUCUCGGACCUUGACGCCAGCACUGACUCUGAGAAGAAUCAGAACGGAGGCUCCCGCGGCGAUACGAACGAAACUGGAGGUGGUACUCAUGAGGGUCAACGCGCCACGAACUCCGGUAUAUUGAAGCCUGGAGAUUUUGCGUUUCCCGCCGCCGUGCCUGAUCCGUUUCGCGGCUGCAGCAGGAGCAUUUUUGUCGGCGACGAGGUCAUCCAAAAGCACCCGCGGUUCCGCACUCUUACCGCGAACAUCCGAGAGCGGCGAGGCAAAAAAGUCGACAUCACCGUUCCGCUGUUUCAGGAUGUCUGCACGUUUCCCCGUGCUGAUCGGAUAGACGGAAGCCGCACGCCUGCCGGCGAUUCAGCGAAGGCGAAAACGCUGCACGAGCAGGAGUAUCGGCGGCAACUCAUGAUGGAGGGAAAGACUCUGCAUGAUGGGCGGUCGAUUUACAUGGACCACAUGGUCUUCGGCAUGGGCAUGCAUUGCGCACAAGCUACUUUUGGCUGCCCGUCGCUUUCCGAUGCACGGUAUCUCUACGAUCAGUUGGGUGUCCUUGCUCCUUUGUGGCUUUCGCUGACAGCGGCGACUCCAUUUCUUCGAGGGCUCGUCGCGGCGACGGACACACGCUGGGCGACAAUUGCCGGCGCGGUGGAUUGUCGCACUUCGAAGGAGUCCAGGGCUCUGCCAAAGUCUCGUUACGGAGCAUUUUCGCUGUACAUCGGCGACCACGGUUCUUUACAUGAUCAUAUCGACUUCUACAACGACAUUCCUGCCCCCGUGAACCGACGGGCGUAUGCGGCUUUAGUCGCUAGUGGAGUGGAUCCUGUUCUCGCUCGCCAUGUCGCGUUUUUGUUUGUGCGGGACCCCAUGGUAAUCUUUCGAGACAAGCUUGUCGACUGCCAGGGCGAAGAAGAGGAAGAAGCAAUUCGGCGCCUGGAGGCAGAAGCACGGGUUGACUGGGCGGUGGACGUGUAUGACGGAAAGUACCAGACUACCGCAGACUUCGAGAACCUUCAGUCGACAAACUGGAAUUCUGUGCGUUUCAAACCUCCACCGUCGUUCAACCAAUUCGUCGGACAAGCUGUGGGACAGACAUCAAAACCCCUGACAGCACACGAAGGUGGAACGCAGAAUGAGUUCACAGAGACGAACGAAAGGCGGCAACUGAGGAAUGAGGACAAAGAAAGUCCUGGCGCAACUGCACAGAGACUUUGCAGAAGCGGCACAACUGGACCCACCGUUGAGUGUUGGAGGGUCGAGUUCCGAACACCCGAGAUCCAGCUAUCGGACUUUGAAAAUGCUGCAUGCAUUGCGCUCAUUACAGUCUUUGUGCAGGUUCUUUUGGAGGAACGUUUCGACUUGUAUAUUCCAAUGUCCUUGAACGACGAGAACAUGCGGCGUUCAAGUCAGCUGAACUCGAUCCUGACACAGAAGUUUUGGUUCCGUAAAGACAUCCGAUCGAGUUCGUCCGAUCGCUCUUUUGAAGAGUUCUACCUUCAUGAAAUUCUUUUUGGCGUUCCCGUGGUGCCCGGACGCCAAACGCCUGCCGUUGCUCUUGUUCCGGCAUGUUUGGCCUACAUGGAGCGAAGGCUGCCUAGCGGCUCGCCCUACGCUGCUGCACAGCUUUUGGAAUUCUUCGAUUUUCUUCGUCAUCGAACGCAAGGCAUUGUUCCGACAAACGCGACCUUCUUGCGAGCCUACCUAGCUGCUCACCCCGACUACAAGCAUGACUCUGUGGUAUCCCGAACGAUAAGCUUUGGCGUAUGCGAUUUAGCUGCGAAAAUAGGGCACGGGACUGUUCGCAUUCCUGAGCUCUUUGGGCCGUUUGCACAUCGCGUAGGAAUGCGGAUUUCAGAUGACGAAAGCAUCCAGGCGUACGGAGACUUUUCGAAGCCCCUGGUGACAGCUGAUUUCCCCUGUCCACUCGGUGGCUUUCUCGCGUCUGUGCGUGAACAGCAUUGUGAGAAGGGUCCUGCUGAGGCAGAACCUCACUCGUCCGUGAGUGGGAUGAAUCAGAAAACACCAGAGAACCUCUUGUGCAACCACAGUGCGGGUGCGUCCUUCUCACCGGAAAAAUACGGUCUGUGCCUUUCUAGGCGAACCAAAAUGGAUCCUCCCCAAUCCGACCCUGGACUGAGUUUUUACCUUGGAGGCCGUGUGCCACUUACAUUACAGAAGGCGUGGAAAAGCCAACAGAUUCAGAGGUUUUUUGACUUUAGAAACGAGAACAGCAUCAGUAAAAUGGAGAUGAGAGAGUUCAGGAUCCAUAAAGACGUCUGGAAUCCAGUCCAGCGCGAAUUCCGUGGCUCGUCUCAUCGCCCUAUCACGACCAAUAAGGCGGAGUCGACAUGGGCAUGGAUGCUUUCCACUGCAGUAGGAGGGCCGGACACGGACACUGGCGCUUCCGAUGAGAAUGGGUCCACUUCCUGUCCGAGUUUGGGCGAGAUCGGGGAUAUUUCUGACGAAGCACAGGCAGAGAAACGAUAUAAUGGAGCGAGAGAACAGGAAGGGGCCUGCUCUCAGGGAUAAACUGCGGCUGUAACGGUGCGGAAAUGUGCACCUCCGUAAGCACCGUGUUAUGUUGUCCUCUUGGCUGAGUUCGUUCAACGCCGCAUGACAGCUGAGAGUACGGCAGACAAGAGGUGUGCAUACAUGCGCAGUGUACUAAAGGGUCUCCACGUGGAUGUGGGAUGUAGAGUUUCUCAGUUAAAUGCAUGCCACAAGGCGAGCAAAGAGUUUAUGCCAUCGAUGGUAGCCUGGCGACUCACAUAUGGUCUGAACGUCUUUCAUUUACCCGGCUUCUGGUUAAUUUGCGAUAGGCGUUACCAGAGACGUAGGUGCGCCUCACCUAUUUUCCCAUCACCUCUUGCAGCUCAGUACCUCUGUGAUUUCUCUUUCCUUUCGAGGACCUGUUGUCUUGCUCUACAGACGUCUGUGGCGCAAAGGGUAAACGCCGUUUCCCUUUGCAGUCUUCAAGCGACUGGAAAAAGCACAUUUUGUGCGUGGGCUGCAUAGGCGUAGUGUUUACCUACGAAUAUAUGCAUGUACAAGUAUGUAUAUGUAUAUAUAUAUAUAUAUAUAUAUAUCGUGUAGGACGAGUCAAAGAAAUGCUAGGUGUUUUGUUUCCAGCACUCUCAACACACACAAUAAGAAUUCAUGUGGGGAUUAUAAAUGAUGGCACGUGAUUUUGACGCUUUCAUUUCCGACUUACUGAUGCUGUGGUCCGACGCAGUGAACAUGGUUUAAGAUGGAGACAGGGGAACCAAAGAAAUGCUGGGGUGUCCAAAAACACAUAUACAUAUAAAAUGCAUCAUGUGUUCACUUGUGCGUCCAAAUAUGGUACACAAAACAUAUCCCCAAAUGUGCCUGUACACGUUCUUAGCUUAGACACCGUGUGUGGGGACUACUCGUUAUUGUAAAUUCCUGAUUUCGAAGUUCAACUCGUCAACAAGGGACAAAACGAUAGGCAUAAGGUUCUGUCGCUUAA